AUGGGCACGUCGCCGCCCAGCGGCACGGGCAAGGAGGAAAGCGCGCAUCCCCCCCCCCUGCUCAUCUCCGCAUACGCGGCCAAUGACCCCACGCUGAGCACCACAGACGUGGACACCAUCGCCCAAUACCUCGUCUCCGCCGCCCUCCUGGUCACCUCCAUCAUGACCGCCAUCCAGGUGACGGGCAUCCCGCUGCCCUACGGACGGCAGUGGGGCGCGGGCAUCCUGUCGGUGAUGGGCAUCUCCUUCACCACCUACCCCAUCGCCGUCUCCACCAUCAGCGCGUUGAUGGCCGACGGACACACCUUCCGCGAGGCCUACGGCUACCUGCUGGGCACGCUGGCCUGCGUGGGGAUCACGCCCGUCGUCAUCUCAUUCUUCCCCCCCCGCGUGCUCAAGCGCAUCUUCCCCCCCAUCGUCUGUGGCGUCACCAUCGUGCUCAUCGGCAUCAACCUGACCGGCGCGGGCAUGGCCAACUGGGGCGGCGGCUCCUUCUGCAACACCUACGCCGACGGGCUGUGGAUCCCGCAGGCCGGCCCCUGCACCGUGACCAACGCCACCUCGGGGGAGGUCACCACGCUGAGCACCUGCUACACCAACGUGCCCAUCAUGUGCAGCGGGAACGGGGACGUCAUGCUGCCCUUUGGCUCCGGUCCCUACGUCGGCCUCGGCUUCUCCGUCUUCGUCAUGCUGGUCAUCAUCGAGCUGUUCGGGUCCCCCUUCCUGCGCAACUGCGCGGUCAUCAUCUCCCUCCUCUUCGGCUACAUGCUGGCGGGCGUGACCCGCGCCGACGGCAAGCGCUUCGUCACCGGCACCAAGAUCGCCAACGCGCCGGCCAUCACCUUCCUCUGGGUCCACACCUUCCCGCUGAACGUCUACGGCCCCGCGGUCCUGCCCCUCAUCAUCGUCUUCACCAUCACCAGCAUCGAGACGGUGGGCGACGUGGCCGCCACCGAGGAGGCAUCCUUCCUCCAGACCUCGGGCCCCGCGCACAACAAGCGCACCCGCGGCGCGCUGCUCAACGACGGCAUCUCCGGCAUCUUCUCUGCGCUGGCCACCUCCUUGCCCCUCACCACCUUUGCCCAGAACAACGGCAUCAUCGCCCUCACCGCCGUGGCCUCACGCCAGGCGGGCUGGGCCUGUGCGGGCUGGCUCUUCAUCUUCGGCCUGAUCGGGAAGUUUGGCGGCGUCAUCACCACCAUCCCCAACUGCGUGCUGGGGGGGAUGACCACCUUCCUCUUCGCCAACGUCAUCGCCUCGGGGAUCAAGAUCAUGAUCAGCCAGCACUUCACGCGCCGCAACCGCUUCGUCAUCGCCUGCGCCCUGGCACUGGGCAUCGGGGUCACCCUGGUGCCCAACUGGGCCCAGAACAACCUGUGGAACAACCCAAACCUGAGCGAGGGGGUGCAGGGCGUGCGCGACGCGCUCAUCCUCAUCCUGGAGACCGGAUUCACGCUGGGAGCUCUGACGGCCAUCGUCCUCAACCUCCUGCUCCCCGACGAGAAGGGGCUGACCGUGCCGGAGCCCGACACCCCCGACCUCUCUGUCCAGGGGGCCGAGCCGUCGGUGCGCUACUCCAGCAAACCCCAGGGCAAGGACCCGCUGCAGAGCCAGGACACCAGCAUGCACAUGACCAAGGACUACAGCACCGACAUGCAGAAGCAGAACGACAGCGGGUCAGAUACACCCGGCGCGAAUAACAAGGCCCCUCUUGUGUGA